CCUGUUCUCCUGUUAGCCUCAGUUAGCUUCAUGUGUUUCCUGGGAUCAGAGCAGGAGACAGGCUGGAGCUAACUGAGGCUAACAGGGAACAGGGUUUAGUGUGGAGACUGUGUCCUGGGAUCAGAGCAGGAGACAGGCUGGAGCUAACUGAGGCUAUCAGGGAACAAGGUUUAGUGUGGAGACUGUGUCCUGGAGUCUCUGACGGAGGAGACUCAGACAGCUCCUGCACCCCAGGGAUUCACUGAAGUUGUUGGUUUGAUUUGAAUAGUUUCAAAGAUGCAGACUGUGAGACACAGAGCUUGGAUUUAAUAACUGGACUUCCUGUUCCCCGGUCCGGAGCUCCUGUUUCCCCGCGGAGGUGCUGCUGAUCCCUGGUCCGGAGCUCCUGUUCCCCGGUCCGGAGCUUCUGUUUCCCCACGGAGGUGCUGCUGAUUCCUGGUCCGGAGCUUCUGUUCCCCGGUCCGGAGCUCCUGUUUCCCCGCGGAGGUGCUGCUGAUCCCCAGUCCUGAGCUCCUGUUUCCCCGCGGAGGUGCUGCUGAUCCACGGUCCGGAGCUCCUGAUCCCGCUGCUGCCGUCCCUAAACACACGGACACUCACGGUAGCAUGGAGUCUGGUUCUCAGUACUCAGAGGCAAGCAGCGUCCGGCAUGUGAUGCAGAGAGACGGUCAUCAGAGAGACGGUCAUCAGAGAGACGGGGAGAGCAGCAGGCUGCUGGGGGUUUUCCUCUCAGGAGGGGCUCCUUGGGGCUUCACUCUCAGAGGAGGACUGGAGCAUCGAGAGCCUCUGAUCAUCACCAAGGUGGAAGAGGACAGCAAGGCGGCCGCUGUGAGUCUGCAGGUCGGAGACGAGCUGGACAUUAACGAGAUUCCUCUGAGCGGCUUCAGACAGGAAGCCAUCUGCCCUGGUGAAGGGGUCGCACGGAGCCUCAGCCUGGUGGUGAAGAGGAGGAACCAGCAAAUCAGCCGGCCUCACUCCUGGCACUCCACCAAGUUCAACGAGAGCCAAUCAGAGACUGCCAAACCUCAGGCUCCACCCACACAGGUGUGGCACACCAUAAAUGAUGCAAGCUCCUCCUCAGACCUGUCCUCUGGUUGGGAUCAUACCCCCCUGCUCAGAAUGUCCGAUCAGUUCAGUUCCCACGGCAGCAUGGACAGUUUAGACCAGGUCCACCAUCCCACUGGCCAUAUGUCCCCCCCCCCCAGCAGCAUAGAGCAUCUGGGGGGGAAGCAAGACUCUGCCUAUAGCUCCUUCUCCACCAGCUCCGGCACGCCUGACUACAAUCUGUCCAGCAGCAACGCGACCUCCACGGAGAACGUGGUUCAUCAGGUGAGGGAGGUGGGGGGGAGGAACCCAAGGACACCCCCAAGCCUGAGGGAGUGCCACAGGCCAGAGGACAGAUUGGCCUACUUCCAGAUGCCGGGACUCCCCUCUGCACAGACUGAAGACCCGGCUGUGUUCCGGCACUCAACCUCCAGCAGAACAAGCUUAGGGCCAGUGUGGCAUGUUCCAGAGAAAAAGAAGUCCUCCCCGCCCUCCCCCCCCCCUCCCCCCCCUCCGGCUCGCAGCGACAGCUUUGCUGCAACUAAAGUCCAUGAGAGAGGCCUCAUAACCCCCCACCCUGAAGGUCCAGAACCACACAAGGCUUCCACUGAGAGUCGCCGCAGUCACAACCCACCUUCAUCUGAAGCUCCGAACCAAAACCAGAACCAGUGUAGCUCCAAAAGGCAACCCCCCCAUCAGAGACACCCCAGUGACAAGAGCACUUUCUACCCUAAGACCUGGACUGAUUCCGUCCCAAAGCCUCAGACAGCAGGGGGGUCAUACUGCAGCAUGCAGGACCUGAACACCAACAGUUCUUCACACUGUGGUCAGAACCAGAGCAGGAUCCUCAGCUCCUCUGAACAGACCUCUGACAGCAACAGGUACUACUGCGUCACCAAACAGAAUAAUUCACCCCCUUCAGAAAGGAACCUCAGCAAAGACCCUCCAGCUGUCAGCCUGCAGACCACUGGCCCCCCCGCUGUCAUCCUGCAGACCACCAACCCUGCAGGGAAGUUUCAAGCCCCUCAAAACCCCCCUCGCAGCCAAGACAGUAGCGGAUACAACAUGCUCCAGUCGACCGCAGGGAUAGAACCCAAACCCAGCCCUGCGGACCGGGGCCUGCAAAGUUAUCCUGCAAGCAAACCCUCUGAACAGAGGACCUCUCUGCCCCCACAGGACUCCAGACAUCAGGUUAACAUCAAAAUCUGCCCCCAGGACACUCCCAUGCUUCACUCCCUGUCCAUAGAUUCCGCCAGGCAAACUGAGAAAACAAGAGUCCUGAACCCUGAGGAGUCCAUUGAAGACCAGCAGGUUCGGCGCAGCGAUCGCUUUGCCACCACUCUGAGGAACCAGAUCCAGAUGAGGAGAGCCAAUCUGCAGAAGAGCACCAGCAGCCUUCCUAGUGCCGAGGCUGAAGAGGACCAGGAGGUCUGGAGGACUGAAAGAGACCCUCUGUCCACUGCAGACAGAUCCUUCACCAGCUCCUACAAGGACCAUCUGAAGGAAGCACAAGCCAGGGUGCUCAAGGCCACGUCUUUCAGGAGAAGAGACCUUGGUUUACUAGAGCCCCAUGCAGCUGAGCCCUUACUGAACUACAGGAAGGACGGUCCCCCAUUGACCACAGUUUCUGAGUCUGUGAUGGGAAAAACAUUUGGGAGUCCAGUGACCCGCAUCGGGGGCCGUAAGCGUUUUCCUGCAGAGAAGAAAGUCAGGUCUUUCUCUGAGCCAGACAAAAUCCAUCAAGUUGGGGUGAAGGAAAAUCCUCCUUGCAAUGAAAACUCCUUAAUGGACCACAAGAAGCUCCUCAGUGGGAAACCAGUUCUCCACAGCACCCCUGCAGAAAUCCCCUCUGAGACCAGGGCACAGGGUCUCUGCUGGACCCCUGAACCAGAGGAGGACUCACUGAGAGUCCUGGACCAGGGAGAUCCUGCACAGCAGCCAGUCCUGGAUCUGCAGCGACUUGGCACCUUUGCCGAGUACGAGGCCCGGUGGAACACACAGAACAACGUCCAGGAAACCAGGUCCUCGGGUCGGUACCGAUCAGCAGAGAACAUCCUGGACCCAGAGGAGAGUAGGAAUCAGAUCUGCCUCCACGAAAGGUCCAGAUCCAGUCCUUCAGCCGAAAGAUUCGGGCAGAAGAUUCAAGUUCCUGCUACUCAGUCUGAGACAGAAUAUUCCCGGACCGGGAGCAAAGCUGCUGCAGCAGGGCCCCCUCAGCUGGAGGACCACGCCGAGCUGCCCCCCCCACCCCAGGGACCAGAGGUUUCCCCCUUCCCCUCUUCCCCCCUCAUGGAGGGGCAGCGCCCCCCUUCUCCGGGUUCCCCCCAGAGACUCAGCGAAUGCCCCCCCGCACCCCCCCAGGAGGAAGACCAGGACAGGAGGCAGCGUCUGACAGGAAGUAGACCCUCUGCAGGGACCAGAGUCCCAAUCAGGAUCCUGGAUUCAGGGGGGGGCAGCGAGUGGGACACCUGUCCAUAUCUGCAGCACACUGACCCCCCUGCUGUGGAAGCUCCUGGGGGCCUCGCUGGUCUGGGCUCUGCAAGGCAGGACUCGCUCUGCAGUGCAUUCAGCCGACACACUACCCCCCCCCCGAGGGACCACCAGAACCCCGCCCACAGGGACCACAUGACCUUUGACCCAGAUCACAUGAUCUCCAGCAGUCUGCCGCCAGUGGGCCCACCCUGCAGAGAGGGAAAGACCUCUGGGGGAUGCGUGGGUGAGAACUUUCGGGGAUUAGUGGGGGAGACCCUGGUUUUGUGUGAGGACCAGAGGAGGGAGGCGCUUGCCCGGGUCAUCGUGGGAAAAGAUAAAUCUCUGGCUGAGGUUCUGGAUCGCAGCCACAUGAAGACCACCAUGGACCUGAUGGAGGGCAUUUUCCCUGGGGGGGAACAGCUGCUGGAGGGAGGGAACCAGCGCAGCAAGGUCCCCCCCAAACAGCCUCCGGGCCCCCCCGCUGAGGACAGGGAGCAUGACAGCAUGGCAGCGUCCGUCUCCAUGGUAACAAGCUCUACCUAUUACAGCACAUCCGCUCCUAAAGCUGAGCUCCUCAACAUGAUGAAGGACAUGCAGGAGGAAGACCAGGAAGAGGACAACGAAGAAGAGCUGGAAUCUGAGGAAGAGCUGGACAUUGACCUGGCCGGCAAAAAGCAGCAGCUGAUGCAAAGCCUCAGCAGGAAGCUGUUGGUCCUGCAGGAGGCGCAGCAGAGUCUGCAGGAGGACGUGCAGGACAACAAUGCGUUGGGGGGGACGGUGGAGGCGCAGGUGCAGCAGCUCUGCAAACCCAACGAGCUCGACAAGUUCCGCAUGUUCGUGGGAGAUCUGGACAAGGUGGUGAGUCUACUGCUGUCACUGUCCGGACGCCUCGCCAGGGUGGAAAACGCCAUCAACAGCCUGGAGGAGGACGCCCCCCCCCAUGAGAGGCGCCUGCUGACGGACAAGAGGAACGUACUGAUCCGGCAGCACGAUGACGCCAAGGAACUGAAGGAGAACCUGGACCGGAGGGAGCGUCUGGUCUUUGACAUCCUGUCGAUGCACCUCCCUCACGAUCUCCUCACCGACUACCAGCACUUUGUGAAGAUGAAGUCAGCGCUCCUCAUCGAGCAGCGCAAGCUGGAGGACAAAAUCAAGCUGGGGGAGGAGCAGCUCCGGGGUCUGAAGGAGAGCCUGGAGAACUGGACUUCCUUCUGAGAGAGAGCCUGGAGAACCGGAUCUCCUUCUGAGGGGAGCCUGGAGAACUGGACCUCCUUCUGAGAGAGAGCCUGGAGAACCGGAUCUCCUUCUGAGGGGAGCCUGGAGAACCUGACGUCCCUCUUGAGGGGGGGGGGGGCACCGGACCUCCUUUUGACGGGGAAGAGCCUAAGAGGAACUAUGAAGAGGAGCGGCAACUUGUGUUGUAAUAACGGCUGGUGUCCGGCAGAGGGAGGCAGAGGACUCUUUAGAGACCCUGAAGGACUCUUCCUGCGUCUCCUUCUCCUGCAGCUCCUCCUCCUGUCUCUGAUGACCCUUAUUUUAACUUUUGUCUGUGUUUGUUCUUGUGGUUUCAGAGAAAGGGGAAAAGGAGCUCCAGACUUUAAGUGAUUCUUCAGUCAGAGUAAACUGGAUGUGUUUAUAUACCGUGAGAACAUUUCUGUAGCGUCCAGCGUUUCCACAUUACGACACUGGAAACAGGACCAGGUGUCCCUGAAUGCACCUCCUGCAGGUCCCUGAAUGCACCACCUGCAGUUUACUUUGAUUCCACUCAGUAAUUUAUUGUAGCCUGUUGGAUCCGAGCAGGAGGGACAGUUUCCUCACACCAUUUUAUUCCCCCCCCUGCUAACAGGAGGUUAAGAUGGCGGACGUGAAAGCACUUAUUGGGCUUCAGUGAACAGAACAGAGCUCUUCACAUUCAGACCUUCAGACCCUGCAGAUCUGGACUCAAGUGAAGUCCUUCUGAAGUGCCUGUCGGGGGGAGAAGGGGGGGGAUUCCUGUGUUUUGAAAUUGUUUUGCUCACAUUGCAGAUGUUACACAUUGCUACGUGAUACAUUUCAAUACUAGAUGUUUUUGAUUUAAAUCCCCCCCCGUGUUUCCCAAAAUGCAUCACUGCUGCUGCUCCUUAUUUCAAAAUAAAAGCUUCUGUUGAAACA